UUACUACAGUAACUGAUAACACCCCACGACCGAUGUUCAAACGUCAUAAAAGAAAACAGUGCCAGACAAGGAAAGUACAAACAAUUAAGUGCUAAUCCGUUCAAACAGUGAUACUCCAACAUUGCCUGCUCUAAGAACACGCAUAAAACCACAGUGAUGACGUCGAAAACCGGUCUUCUAACAGCAGUUCAUAUGGCAAACAUCGCCAGCACUUUGGCAGCUACCCGCAAGUACGCACUCGGAACUUUGUACGUCCAGUUGCAUCCAAAAAUCAAAGACAAAAUCAGAGCGACAGCUUUUGGAAAAUUUAUUGCCAGAGUGUACCAAAGUUCGCCAAUAGAGCUCGGUUCAGGGGUGGAUUUGCGUUUCAUCGUGAGCACUCUUAAAACUAACGAUUUUUCACCAAUAAAUCGAAAAAUUGAUUUUCUUUUUUUCGAUUAUACCGUUGCGACAUGUGAAACUAAUGCAGACUUCUCUAAGUUUUAUAACGAAUCAGAGGUAGUUGAGCUAAACAAUAAACCAUUUACGCUCGACAAUUGCGAUGUGGAUGAUUCGAUCCAAAAAUCGUGCAAAAAUGUGGUUCUAGGUGGUACCUUCGAUCGGUUGCAUGUCGGUCAUAAGGUUUUACUUACCCAAGCUGCUUUACUUGCUGAAGAACGGUUGGUUGUUGGUGUAACGGAUGAGAACAUGAUAAAAAGCAAGAAAUUGUGGGAAUUGAUCAUGCCAGUAGAACAAAGAAUUGCCGAGGUUGAAACUUUUUUAAGAGACAUUGAUCCGACUCUAAAGCAUGAGAUAGUUCCGAUAAGCGAUCCGUUCGGUCCAACGGCAACUGACCCCAAUAUGGAUAUGAUCGUUGUAAGCACAGAAACAGCACGAGGUGGCGCCAAAGUUAACGAACUUCGAAAGAAAAAUGGUCUCAAUCAUUUGCAGGUGCAUACUAUUGAACUACUUGAUGAGGAAUUGACCACAGAUGACAAAGAGGACAAAAUCAGCUCAAGUAAUCGACGAAUGGAUCUUCUAGGAACUCGCCUAAAGCCGCGUACUAUCGGGACGCAUUUACGUCCAAGGCCAUACAUAAUUGGACUAGUUGGCGGUGUGGCAGCGGGAAAAAGUAAAAUGGCUGAACGAUUCGAAAAGCUUGGAGCCGGAGUAAUUGAUUGUGAUAAAAUAGCACAUGAAUUGUAUCUCCCGGGUGAACACUGUUAUCAGGCAAUUUUGAACAAUUUCGGUGUAGCUGUUUUGAAUGAUGAUAAAACAAUCAAUCGCAAAGCUUUGGGAGCGAUUGUGUUCUCGGAUCCGGAUAAGUUGGAUUUACUGAACACGAUCUUGUGGGACGCGAUACUGGAGCGAGCUAAACAACGAAUCGCCGUUCUGUAUGAGAAGGAGAACAAACAGAUCAUCAUUAUGGAGGCAGCCGUUUUGCUGAAAGCAGGUUGGCAAACCGAAUGUCACGAAAUAUGGACCUGUAUUAUUCCGCAGGAAGAAGCCGUUAAACGAUUAUUCGAGAGAAAUGGGCUCAAUGAGCAAGAUUCCCUCAAAAGGAUUCAAGCACAAAUCUGCAAUAGCGAGCUAGUGCGGCAAUCAGACGUAGUGUUUUGCACUGCUUGGAGUCAGGAGUUUUCUCAGCUGCAAGCGGAGAAGAUAUGGGACACACUGAGAAAUGAGCUAAAUUUGUAAAGUUGAAUUUGUAACACUAUUUCUUAGCAGUAAAAUGGCUUUUG